CCAAGUGAGGGUUUUGGUUUGAGUGCAGCUGUUGAAGGAUACAGGUGUUCGACUCUAAUAUAAUUUCUCAGCUUGAUUUGAUAGGAGUAAUGGAGGGGUGGGAAAAAAGCAGAAAUAGUUAUAGUGGUUCCCAUCCCUCCGUUACUUUCUGAUAUAAUAUGCCGGCGGUGGUCAAUGGGAUGUUUAUGGUGCUUGAGACCGUACUCAAGAAUCUUGUGCAGACUGUACGUUACUGUGAACGAUGUGGAAAACGCUAGCUACAAUUCAUAAUAAAGGGCUACAUGUAAACAUAAGAAACCAGUUCGUAUAUGAAAUUAUAAACAUAACCCAGAAGUUGUGGUAGUAGACAUGGGUGUUUGUAAGGAUGGUCUACAAUUGAUUGAGUUUUGCUUUUAACGGUGUUUUGUGGUACGUGAACGAAGUCAAUUUAGUGCUGUGAUAUGUCUGAAUCCAACAGUUCUCUGCAAUGUCAAAAAGGAGCAUAACUUAUAUUAAGCCACAAGAACCAAGUUUUCUAACGAGGUUAAAGGCAGAAGCAGGAUAUAAAGAACCUGAUACUGUGGAGACAAAGAGAGAGAUUCUGCCAUGUGAUGCUGAUGAACUGAAGGACAAGGAAGAUGAUCAGCCAGUUGUAGUUGUACUUAAACCUGGUGAUCUGACAGCAGAAGAGGCAGCGAAGAUCGAGAAGGAAGAGGAACAAGCUCCAGCCAACCUUGAGGAUCGAAUCGUCUUCCGGGCACCCACGAAGAGUUCCGGUAGCUCAGGGUCAAAGCGCAGUCGAUCCGAGGAGGAUCGGCCAGCGAAGAGAAAUAAGGUCACAGGCGUCAAGAAUACGAAACUACUGUCUUUUGAUCAGGAAGACGAAGACGACGUUUAAAGCGAGACGGAUUACGAUGAGGUGGCAACCAGGUUCGGCAAGGUCAAUGCCUUAGUAUAAGAAGAUCCAUCCUUCCAAAGAAAGCAUUAUAUUUUGAAAUGCGAUACAUAACUGAAAUUUUUUUUCGUGGGUUAC